GCAGAGGCUGGAGCCUAUCCAUCCCUGAUCACUUACACAAAUUGAAGAGAGACUGUACCAAGGCACUGUGGCAAAAGCAGCUAGCAAGGCCCAGUCACAGACAGAAGGGGAGGGAGAGACAAGGGGCACAGCGUAGUGCAGCAGCAGCAGCAUAAAGCAGAUACAGCAGAACACAGCAAGCAUCGGGAGUGCAGCAGAUUUAGCUGCAUAUAUCAGUCACAGAAGGGACAGCUCCCUGACAUUCUGAUCUUGAUUACAAACAGACAAAAGCUAAUCUGUAUUAUGACUGCAAACAACUAAAGAGCAACGCUGCUGAAUUGUUCAAAAUCAGGUGUUUCCAAGAUACACAUCUGAUACACUGACAAAAAUGCCUGAGCAAAGUAAUGAUUACAGAGUCGUCGUAUUUGGAGCCGGAGGAGUUGGUAAAAGUUCCUUGGUAUUGAGGUUUGUUAAAGGAACUUUUAGAGAAAGUUACAUUCCCACUAUUGAAGAUACCUACAGACAAGUGAUCAGCUGUGACAAAAGUAUAUGUACUUUGCAAAUAACCGACACAACAGGAAGUCAUCAAUUUCCAGCCAUGCAGCGUCUGUCUAUAUCUAAAGGACAUGCCUUUAUUUUGGUUUAUUCUGUCACCAGCAGGCAAUCCUUGGAAGAACUGAAGCCGAUCUAUGAACAGAUUUGUCAGAUUAAAGGAGAUGUAGAAAGUAUUCCCAUAAUGCUUGUUGGGAAUAAAAGUGAUGAAAACCAAAACAGAGAACUGGAGAGCAGUGAAGGAGAAGCAAUGGCCAAAAAAUGGAAAUGUGCCUUUAUGGAGACAUCUGCCAAGAUGAACCAUAAUGUUAAAGAGCUGUUUCAAGAGCUGCUUAACCUCGAAAAACGCAGGACUGUGAGUUUACAGAUCGAUGGCAAAAAGAGCAAGCAGCAGAAGAGGAAAGAGAAGCUUAAAGGGAAAUGUGUGGUCAUGUAAAGGUUCAGCAGUGUAGAGGAAUAAUGGAGAACCGUAGCACUUGGUAUAAAGAAAGAAUAACCUAAACAUAAAAAUAUGGCACGUAUAACACUUUGCUUGCACUCAUUUUAAACUAAGUAUUACAUUUUAAAUUAAAAUGUAAAUAUAAAAGAUUUAUUUAGGGAAUUUACCAAAAAGUGAAUUGCCAACUUUUGGUUACUAUCAGACCAUUAUGGAAUAGUCACAUUUUUAAUAGCUUGU